CCUCUAUAUCAUCAGCAUCAGCUGAUGCGGGACCAAGUUGGGAGGGGUUAGGUUUCUUUGUUGUGUUCUCAAAUGUAAACUAGACGCCAGACAAAAUGAGUACUGCAGAUUUCAAAGUAGUUUUGUUAGGCAGUGAAGACGUAGGAAAAACUAGCCUUAUGAAGAGAUACGUUAGCGAUCGUUAUCAUUCCAGGCCACACAAUAAUACAAUUGGAGCAGCAUUUUCUUCCAAGAAAAUAACUUCAAGAGGGAGGGACAUUGUUAUAGGCAUUUGGGAUACUGCUGGAAGUGAACGUUAUUAUGCUAUGAGUCAACUGUAUUAUAGAGAUGCUAAAGCAGCGGUAGUCUGCUUUGAUCUUACCGAACGAGUAACCUUUGACCGAGCUAAACAGUGGGUUACUGAAUUAAGGAAUCAAGAGGAAAACUGCAAAAUUUUUCUCUGUGGAACCAAAAAGGAUGUAAUUGAUGAGGGAAUAAAGCCCCGUGCAGUGCCUCCAGAAAAAGUAUUACAGUACUCCAAAGGUAUAGGAGCUCAAUUUUUGGAAACCUCAAGCAAAACUGGAGAAAAUAUUGGGGCAUUGUUCCAGAUUGUGGCUGAUUCUUGUGAGCUACCCAUGCAGAAGCAAGAAACCAUACAACUACAGACACUUAAGAAGAAGAAUAAUUGUUGUUAAUCCCAAUUUUUCGAUGAUUGACAUAUGCUAUGUGUUCGAUCUGAUAAACCCAUUCUUUUACUGUAGAAGACUAAGUUAUUUGCUUGUUUUUCUUUGCAAACAGCUUAUUAUAUAUGUAAUCAUGACAGUUUAUUACUUAAGUUAAACUUAAUUUAGAAAGUCAACUACUACUGCUCUUUGACAUCUGCACUGUUGGUUGAAUAGUUCCUUUUACAAUCACUACAAAGACUUGAUUUUACUUGUGUCCUGUUGUUUUAUUAUUAUUUUUUAUCAUUUUUAUUAUUAUUUUCAUUCUCAUUUGUAAGUACGUGAUCUGAUUGGGGUCAUUGAUCAUGGUGUACGUUGGUAACAGAGGACCUUUUGGUCACGUGUGUUGAAAUUCAAUGCUAUGAAUUACUGAUUGCGAUUGGUUUCAAAAUCUUUGACAUCUGUUAUACAUUUGUAUUAAUUUCUCUUAUGGGAAAGGUGUAUCUUAAUAGUUGACAGAAGUCCGUCACAAUUGUGUCUGUGAUGUUUCUGUACAAGAUAAUUAUAUUUUUGUAUUUUUGAGACUUUUGGUUUCACCAAGUUUAUGGUAAGUUCAUGUAUGUGAUCUGUAAAGUAAGGAUAAUGUAAUUUUUCAAAACGAUUGGUUCAAUCAAGUUUGAAAGGCUGUGUUUAAUACACUUUUUUCAGUUCCAAAAUGUGAUAAAGUAAAAGUUUAGAUGAAAAUUUGUAACUUUUCAUCACUUGUGCCUUAUUCUCCUAUCAGAGGGCUGUUUAACUUUAUCUAGUGUUGUAAGGACCCUACUGUGCCAUCUAAGUCACCUAUUCUUAGAGGGGUAUUGCCAAUGCCUUAGUAGUUACUGCAAAAUUUAUGUUUUAUUUAACAUAACGUUUUCUUAAUUUUCCUCUCGACUUGAAAUGCAUGAUUUGGUUAAAAUAUUUCAGGGCCUUUAUCAAUCAAUUCAUCAAAUAUGUUUCUAGUUUUCUAUGGAAUCCUGGUAAAGCGCAAACUGUGUACUUCCUUAUGUUGUUUUUUUUAUGCGAGAAGAAAAAUCUUCUUCACUUCUUUGUGUCAUCACAUCGUAAAUGUUAUUGCUCAUUCUUAUAAUCAAGUGUUUAUGUAUUUUAGUCAGGACUGAUGUGUCAUGUAACUUGUCAAAGCCAAAUCAAUACAAUGAAGUUUCUAUUUUA